AUGAAAGGCCGACCGAGCUCAUUCUUCCCCUACGGCGGUGGAUACGUGAUGUGCCCUGGUCGCCACUUUGCUAAGCAAGAGAUAAUGCUCGCGAUUGCAGUACUGGUCACAAAGUUCGAAAUCGAGUUCGUCGAAUGGACCAACUCGGACGGGUCGAAAUCUGACAAGCCACCGCAAGAUGAUGCACGCUUUGCCGGAUUCAUAGCCAUGUCGCCUGACCGCGAUGCCAAGAUUCGGUGGAGAAGACGAUGGUGA